CGUGACUCUCUGCGGCUGGUGAUGUGACAACGCUGCUGCGUUAGCAAGUUCUGUUGACUUUUACAUUUUCCUCGCUCGUCGUCAGACUCAAGACAAAGGGACACGAAAAUGGACAACACCGGGAAAGAAAAGGAGGCUAUAGCCCUAAUGGCUGAGGCGGAUAAGAAAGUGAAGUCGUCCCAGUCGUUUUUCGGGGCGAUGUUUGGGGGUUCCUCCAAACUGGAAGAGGCCUGUGACAUGUACGUGAGGGCCGCCAACAUGUACAAAAUGGCUAAAAACUGGUGUGGUAAGAGAUUAAUGACUCCUUUUAACCCAUUCACAUCAGUAUGUGCUUUUAUCCCUUUAAAAUGUGAUAUUUUCUUUAUAGCUGCAGGAAAUGCGUUCUCCCAAGCUGCUCAUCUUCACCUGCAAAUGCAGAGCAAACAUGAUGCAGCGACUAACCUCAUAGAUGCUGGAAAUGCCUUCAAAAAAGCAGAUCCACAAGAGGCCAUAAACUGCCUAAAUAGAGCAAUUGAGAUAUACACAGAUAUGGGACGUUUUACCAUCGCAGCAAAACAUCACAUCACCAUCGCUGAGAUAUACGAGACGGAGCUGGUGGAUGUCGACAAGGCCAUUGCUCAUUAUGAACAAGCAGCAGAUUAUUAUAAAGGAGAAGAAUCGACCAGUUCAGCGAACAAGUGCCUCCUGAAAGUGGCGACCUAUGCAGCUCAGCUCGAGCAGUACCAGAAAGCCAUUGAGAUCUACGAGCAGGUUGGAACCCACGCGAUGGACAGCACGCUCCUGAAGUACAGCGCCAAAGAUCACUUCUUCAAGGCAGCUCUCUGCCACUUCUGUGUAGACAUGCUGAAUGCAAAGCUCGCUGUGCAGAAAUACGAAGAAAUGUUCCCAGCGUUUUCAGACGCUCGAGAAUGCAAGCUGUUGAAGAAACUUCUAGAUGCCUAUGAGGAACAGAACGUGGAGGCCUAUACUGACUCUGUGAAGGAAUUUGACACAAUUUCUCGGCUGGACCAGUGGCUCACCACCAUGCUUCUCCGCAUCAAGAAGACGAUACAGGACGACGAGAGCGACCUCCGCUGACUCUCCUCCCAGUUUCCCCUGAAGCCGUCAGGAGCCGCCUCGCGCCCGACUUCUUGCCUUGAUCUUCUCACUUCCAUUCAAGCCUCAUUCUUAACGUCAUGAGCCCUCGUACCUCGGUUUCCUUCCUGCCAUCUGCAGUA